UUUCCUUUAGACCGCCUUCGUCUCAAACACCGCCGCAAACUCUACCGCAUGAUCCCCAAACCCACCACUACCAUCAUCAACAAUGCACUGAAAAAAUGCAAAUCUCUAUCCCACAUCAAACAAAUCCAUUCUCACUUGAUUUCCUCUGGUCUCUUCCAAUAUUCUUUUUUCUCCCGCACCAAACUCCUCGAACUCACAUCGAUCUCCUCAUAUGGUGACAUCUCUUACGCUUCUGUCAUCUUCAAUUACAUCGACUACCCAUCAACCUACGAUUGGAAUUCCAUCAUUCGAGGCCAUGCCCAGACCUCAUCCCCUCAAAUCGCUCUUACCCAUUUCAUCUCCAUGUUACGGGGUUCACAGAAACCCGACGCUGUCACGUACUCUUUUACCCUGAAGGCAUGCGCACGUGCAUUAGGGAAUAUUGAGGCGCAUUUGAUUCAUUCGAUGGUUAUUCGAUCUGGAUUUUAUCUGGAUUUACUUUUGCAGACAACUUUGAUGGAUGCGUAUUGUAAAGUUGGGGAAUUUGAGGAUGCAAAGAACGUGUUCGAUGAAAUGCCUAAGAGGGAUGUUGCGUGUUGGAAUGCUUUAAUUUGUGGGUUGGCUCAAGGGCGCUUUCCUGAUGAAGCAUUGGAGUUGUUUGAUAGGAUGCGUAGGAUGGGGUUGAAAGCGAAUGAUGUGACUGUGCUUGGUGCUCUUUCGGCGUGUUCCCAAUUGGGGGCUUUGAAGGAAGGGGACAAAGUGUGGUGUUAUAUUAAGGAGGAGAAGUUAGAUAUUGAUGAUACAGUUUGCAAUGCGGUGAUUGAUAUGUAUAGUAAAUGCGGGUUUGUGGAUAAAGCAUAUAAUGUGUUUAGGAAUAUGAGAUGCAAGAAGAGUAUAAUUACAUGGAAUACAAUGGUUAUGGGGUUUGCAAUGCAUGGUCACGGGGAAGAAGCAAUUGAGCUUCUUAAGGAAAUGGAGUAUGUUGGGGUAUGCCCUGAUGCAAUAACUUAUCUCGGGGUAUUGUGUGCUUGCAACCAUGCAGGGUUGAUUAACGAGGGGUUUGCAGUAUUUAGAUCGAUGGAAGGCAAAGGGAUUGUUCAAAAUGUGAAGCAUUAUGGUACUGUGAUCGAUUUGUUGGGAAGGGCAGGAAGGAUUAAAGAAGCUUAUGAAAUCGUAAAUUUGAUGCCAAUGAUGCCUGAUGUUGUUGUUUGGCAAACAUUGUUAGGUGCUUGCAAUACUUAUGGAAAUGUGGACUUGGCCGAAAUUGUAUCACAAAAACUUGUUGAAAUGGGGUCUGAUAGUUGUGGAGAUUUUGUGCUCUUAUCUAAUGUGUAUGCUAAACAUAAGAGGUGGAAUGAUGUAGGGCGAGUUAGGGACGCUAUGAAAAUGAGGUAUGUGAAAAAGGUUCCCGGAUUUAGCUACACUGAAGUUAAUGGCGUUUUGCACAAGUUUAUUAAUGGUGAUCAGAGUCACCCAAGUUGGAAAGAGAUCUACGCAAAGCUAGAUGAAAUCAUGUACAGGAUUAAGGAACAUGGAUAUGUUCCCGAGACUAGAUUUGUAUUGCAUGACAUAGGAGAAGAGGAUAAAGAGUAUGUGUUAUCUUAUCAUAGUGAGAAAAUGGUUGUGGCUUUUGGGUUACUGAAAACAAGUCAGGAAACUCCAAUUCAAGUUAUCAAAAACCUCCGAAUAUGUGUUGAUUGCCACACUCUAAUUAAGCUUGUGUCGAAGGUUUAUAAUCGUGAAAUCAUAGUUAGGGAUCGAGCUCGCUUUCAUAGGUUCAAGGAUGGAACUUGUUCAUGUAAGGAUUAUUGGUAAGACGGUAACGCAAGUGGAGGAAUUGACUCAUGCUAGAUGGAGGGAGGGUCUUUGAGAACUGUUUUGGUGUUGUUAUUAGAUCAAGUACUCUAUUUUCCUCUAAUAUCUGCAAUUUUCCGUCAAGACUCAAGACUUCUCUCAGAGGCAGUUCAGGUGUUCAUAACCGAGCAAAAGUAAUACAGUCGAGCACAUUUAAGGCAACAUAUAAGAUGUGGUGAUUCAGAAGUUGAUGGUAAAGGAUGUGGGUUUACUGGAUAUCCAUUGUGCAAGUUCUGCGAAGACCAUUCUACGCAACUGGUUCAUGCAUUCUUUGGUUCUUUUAAGAGGCAUAGUGCCUUGGAGCAUGGUGGGAAAAUGUCUCGAUGUAAACGUAAAACUGCUUUGCAGAUUGGUCUUAAUCUGAUGUUGAGCAGCAGGAGGAUCAUAGACUGGCGUAUCAUGUAUUUGGAGCAUCUUUUGCAUUGCUUUGGGGGAGUGGAGUGCGAAACAUAACUUGUGUUAUGCAAGCGUCUUUUGAUUUUGUAGUUCUUAUGUCUUUUGCAAACUUUGGUUGUAUAUGUCUUUGAUAUGAGGCCUUGCGUCCUCCUUUGUAUUAUUUAUAUUUUUCGCUGCAUAGGUUUAUGGAUUUGUUUGGUUUAAAAGUAUUUUAUUAUUUUUAAAACAAAAGCGUCGACACCGGAAUCACGAUCCAUGCUUGGCAUGAUGUUUUAGAAGCUGGCGACGAAUCAUACCACCAUGAUACAUUACUUAUGGCCAAUAUUGCCUUCUAGUUAUCAUUUUUAUAUAUUAUGUAUGUAUCAUUUCAUA